GCGUCAUUGGAUUGGUGCUUGCUGUUGGAAGGAGAGCACACAACAUUCCACACUUUAUUCCGUGCCGCAUCGCAGUAGGUGAAGGACGCUUGGUGUUCGCGAUAUCGUAGCCAACUACAACAGCAAACACCACCGUGUGUCAAUCACUUUACGUGCAAAUCGUGUUCCUUGUUCGAUUUUGCUAGGAGCGAAAAUUUGCACAUUACGGUGCAUUUGCUUCGGACACGGCCCGGAUACACGCAGCAGCAGUGCCCACAGUCGUGCCGCAUUGGACCAGCCCCAAUAUCCUUACCGAAACCGGCACAACAGACACUACGCAGACGAAGGGAGCGAAAGAAAAAGGAAAGCAAAACAUAACACCGUGUGCCGUGUCCCGUAGGGAGAAGGUGGUCGAAAAUAUGGUUCCAAAUUCUCCGGAUCGAACGUAGAAGAGCGCGGCCUUAUCGCGUUAUCGGUGGGAAACGUUUUGCUUCACACCAUUAUUCAACCGGUUAAACGCAAUACCAACACACCGAUGCUGGUGCACUGGUUGCGAUAAUUGGACCCGGUGGCAUUACGGAACAACUUCGGAACUAGCAGUGCAGUACAUCACUCGCGGACAGAAUACGAAUCUAGCUGUGUGUGGAUUAAGGCACCAAAAAAAAAAAAAACAGCCAUUCCGGAACCCGCUAUCGAUUCUUCCCGUGGGGGAAAUGUGUGGUUCGUGUACUUGUGCUCCGUGGCAGACUGUCCCGUCGUUGGGUUGAGUCUGCGGUCCGAAUAGUGUAGAGUGUGGAGGAUAAAAAAAAAAACGCGAGAAACGAAAAGAUCUCCUACGAGGAUGAGUACGCUGUUCGCACGCGUAUUCCGGCAAGCUUGGGCCACGUUCGAACAGACGGCUGCAUCCGAUGCCAAGUUUGCCACCAAUCUGCACGCACUGCACCGUCUCGUCGGUCAGCUUACGCUCGCCGACAUCGGGCUGGAACCGUCGCUCGUUGCCACGGAAACGUUCCAGCAGCCGUCCAAAGCACCCUGCACCUAUGUCGGUGUGUUCGAGAACGAUCGGUUCGCCAUGUCCGUGUUUGUGCUGCGGGAAAACUAUACCAUGCCCCUGCACGACCACCCGCAGAUGCAUGGCCUGCUGCGGGUUGUGUCCGGUGCGGUACAGAUCUGCAGUUACAGUGAGAUCGCCCGGCGCGACACGGUAGAGCCGAAGGAUGGCACACUCCGGCGGCACGUGCUGGUAGUGGCAGAGCCGGAAAAGAUCAUCAGUUCGACGGCCGGUGACUGUGCCGUACUGACACCGACCGAGCGUAACUUUCACGAGAUAACGGCAAUCGGUGGGCCGGCCGCGUUCUUCGACAUUCUGAGCCCCCCGUACAACCUGUCCAGCCAGCCGCAGUACUUUUUCUACCGCAAGGUGCCAGUACCGCGCCACCUGGCCGAGAUGGAACCGCUCGGGUUUGGUGGGCCGAACAACCGGCCGGCACAGGAAGAUGAGCGGCCCCGGUACGUGCUGGAGACGAUUCCCAACCCGGAACACUACUACUGUGAUACGGUGCAUUACAUUACGCCGGAGUUUAUGUACCAUCCGGGGAUGGGAGGCAGCACCGCGUCGUCGUCAUCGCCGGAUGUGAACGUUUAGGGCCGGAAGGCGGAACAUCCGGACAAUACUAGCGAUUUUUCCGUAGUACCUUUGCCAGCUAGGCGGAAGAAAUGCUUCUCCGACGCUUGCGUUUUUCUUUUUUGUUGAAUUUGUUGAUUUGUUUUAUCUUUUUUCCCAAUAUUAGUGUGUAGUGGAAACGGUGCACCGGAAUAUGGGUGCAUCGAUUUAGUCCUAGAGUUCACCCAAGUUCUUUUGGACGAUGGUGGUUGCUUAGAGGAAAACCAGCCCUUAACAUCACCUGCACGCAGCAUAGGAAGCUACUGAUGCAUGCAAGCUAAUGUUAAAUAAAACCAAAUUUAAUUCUACAACAA